CGGACGUGCCGUGGGGAAAAGCAGCACUUUGUGACGUUGACGACGACCUCCCCGACGACCACUACUGACGCCAGGACGGCGAAUAAAGUACAAGUUCAUCAUACCGGGCAAGAUGGACAUCAACGAGAAACGCAGACACAACGAACGUCUCGCGAAUCGUCUCAAACAGCUAGACGACGAAAUUAAAGCAGCCAAAAGAAGGAUGGAGCGAGAAGAGUGCGAGCGACUCGACCGAGAGGCCCACAGGAUGCAGGGGCUGAUAGCACUCCGUGAGGCCUCUCUAGCUGAAAUAGUAGCAAGUGUCGAGCCGCGUAGAAAGACCGAACGUAUGUAUUACGAGGAAAUACGAGCGUCGAGCCAAGAGCAGGAAAUGAGUCCUGAUACCCCCAGGCCGAGCACGUCGCGAGAAGGCGAAAGAUGGGAAACACGAGAGGUGCGCUGGGAACACACCUUUGAGGAAGAGUCAACGGACGAGGAAUGUCCGCAAUGGAGAGUCCGAUCGCCGAGCAAAACGACAAUAAAACUUACAUGGAGCGAGGUGUACUCGUCGUCAUCAUCGAGGACACCAUCGGCGAAGAAGAAAAAGAUAAGUAAGGCGACCGAGACAACAAGAAGUAGGACGGACUUCAAACUAGAAGCAAAAGCGGUAGUCAAACUGAAUCGCUUAAAGGAAAUCGACACGUCUGGAAAUCGACACUCUAAUACUGGACUCAAAACGAAGAACAACAAUGAGCAUCAAAACCCAUCACCAGGUAGACACACGUACUAA